GUCUGCGGAGCUCGCUGGUCCGAGUGUCCCGCAUCGGCUGCGCGCGGGUCCUGAGCGGCCGCGGCCAGCGCAGGCUUGGCGCCCGGUUCCCGUCUGCGUGUGGGGCUCCCGCGGCUGAGCCUGGCCGCUCCGCGAAGCGCCAUGUCCAAGCCACCUCCCAAACCGGUCAAACCAGGGCAAGUUAAAGUCUUCAGAGCGCUGUAUACAUUUGAACCCAGGACUCCCGAUGAACUGUACUUUGAAGAAGGAGAUAUUAUCUAUAUCACGGACAUGAGUGAUACCAGCUGGUGGAAAGGGACAUGCAAAGGCAGGACAGGACUGAUCCCGAGCAACUAUGUGGCUGAGCAGGCAGAAUCCAUCGACAAUCCAUUGCAUGAAGCUGCAAAAAGAGGCAACUUGAGCUGGUUGAGGGAGUGCUUGGACAACCGAGUGGGGGUGAACGGCCUGGACAAAGCUGGAAGUACAGCCCUGUACUGGGCCUGCCACGGGGGCCACAAAGACAUAGUGGAGGUUCUGUUUACUCAGCCGAACGUGGAGCUGAACCAGCAGAACAAACUGGGAGACACAGCUCUGCACGCAGCUGCCUGGAAGGGUUAUGCAGACAUUGUCCAGUUGCUACUGGCAAAAGGUGCCAGGACAGACUUGAGAAACAAUGAGAAGAAGCUGGCCUUGGACAUGGCCACCAAUGCAGCCUGUGCGUCACUCCUGAAAAAGAAGCAGGGGACAGACGGGGUUCGAACGUUAAGCAACGCCGAGGACUACCUUGAUGACGAAGACUCAGACUGAUUCCUCUCGGAGCCGCUUUGAUGCCUAAACUCCUUUUGCUUUUGCCAUUCCAAAACCUUGGUUGUUUUGCCGGAAGAGUAUUGAUAACCGUUCUUUUUUUUUUUUUUUUUUUUUUUUUUGGUUUUUCGAGACAGGAUUUCUCUGUGUAGCUUUGUGCCUUUCCUGGAUCUCGCUCUGGAGACCAGGCUGGCCUCGAACUCACAAAGAUCUGCCUGCCUCUGCCUUCCGAGUGCUGGGAUCAAAGGCGUGUGCCACCACCGCCCGGCGAUAACCGUUCUUUUUAAAGUCUGUAUGAACGUGGCACUGUUGCACUGUGAUCUGUGAUGAGUCGGCAUGGCACCGGUGAUUCUCACCCGUGGCUUGCCAAUAAGCGCUGGGAUACUUUGCUGUAUAAAAUGCAUAUAUGUUCACCAGUGUAGAACAAGAAAAGAUUAUUUCUAUUUAUCAAACUAAAGGAAUUUUAAUAAUUUUUUUCUUUUAAAAAAAUCAAGAUUUUUUUUUUUAAAGUUCUUUACCUCAAGGAAUGGGAUGUUUUGAGUGGGUUUUUCAAGGGGGAAAUGCUUAUUAUAACGAUAGACCAAAACUCUCAACAGAAUAUUGUCAGCUCUUCUGACAAAAAUAAACAUUUAAAGAGUC